UAAAUCCUAUAAUUGAACUAGAGUUUAAUCCCUGGAUAGAUCAUAUAAAAGAAGAAGAAUCUCCAAAUGAAUUAGAAGAAAAGAUUAAUCUAAUACCAUCUUCUAUUGAAACUUCUCUAA